AUGUUUGGAUUACCACAACAAGAAGCUUCGGAAGAAGAGAAAAAACUUCAUCAACAGGCUACCAAUCAAACUUUGAUUAAUGCUGCCUACCUGAGUGCACUCCUAUGGGUGUCUCCAAUUGUCUGGCAUUUUGUAAAGAAACAAUGGAAAUGA